GGCUGUCAGCUGGGCGGGUCACGUGGUGUGGGGUGGAAGGUCGCUCUCACAAUGGAGGUGGCGGAGGAUUGGCAGAGGGGUUUGCACCGCUUAGCGGAUCCGGCCCGGUUUGGCCCCAAGGCCUUCAGCGCUGUUCUCCGGGGGGCCCUCCAAAGCCUGGUCCGGGGCCCCUCCGCCCAGUGCACUCUAGAUGACACAGAGCUGCGACAUAUUGCCCCAUCUGUAGUAAAAGAAUGUCACUCUGCAGUGGCUGCAUGUGUCCUGGAGGCUGUGAAGCACAAUGUAGACAGAGCAGCCCUCAGUACCUUCCUGGAGGACUGCAAGUUCGAUAAAGAAAAGACAGAAGAGUUUUGGACUGAAUAUCAGGAACACAAGGAACCUCUGGAGCUCCUCCUAGGAAAUAUUGGCAGAUGUCCCCCACACGUCUCAGAUGUGUCCUGGCGUCUCGCAUAUGAAAUAAAGACCAAUCAGCUACACAAAACCUACCGACCUUCCUAUUUUGUGAAAUUCAGUUUAGAGACCUCGGAUACCAACCAGGCCCAAGAUGUUGGUUUCAAUUGCUCAAUGGAACAACUGCAGGAUUUAGUAGGAAAACUUAAAGAUGCGGCUAAAAGUAUGGAGAGGACCUCUCAGAUUGGCCAGCCCUCCAAUGGGAUUACUCUGCCAGUGGCCAGCCCUCCAAUGGGAUUACUCUCCCAGUGGCCAGCCCUCCAAUGGGAAUACUCUGCCAGUGUCCAGCACUCCAAUAAGAAUUACUCUGCCAGUGGCCAGCACUCCAAUUGGAUUACUCUGCCAGUGGCCAGCCCUCCAAUGGGAUUACUCUCCCAGUGGCCAGCACUCCAAUGGGAAUACUCUGCCAGUGUCCAGCACUCCAAUAAGAAUUACUCUGCCAGUGACCAGCACUCCAAUGGGAUUACUCUGCCAGUGUCCAGCACUCCAAUAAGAAUUACUCUGCCAGUGGCCAGCACUCCAAUGGGAUUACUCUGCCAGUGGCCAGCACUCCAAUGGGAUUACUCUGCCAGUGGCCAGCACUCCAAUGGGAUUACUCUGCCAGUGUCCAGCACUCCAAUAAGAAUUACUCUGCCAGUGGCCAGCACUCCAAUGGGAUUACUCUGCCAGUGGCCAGCACUCCAAUGGGAUUACUCUGCCAGUGGCCAGCACUCCAAUGGGAUUACUCUGCCAGUGGCCAGCACUCCAAUAAGAAUUACUCUGCCACGUCUGCAGAUCGGCUCAAGAUGGCCGCCCCUGGGCUGCUGCUCAUCCGCUGAGCGCCCCCCCCCUCUACCCGACACUGCAUUGUCCCCCGGACCCCCCAGCAGCAGCAGCAAGCAGCCACCCCGAUCGGCACCCCACGGCUUUAAAAUAGAGAAAACGCCUUCCCAACGAGCAAUCAUGCAUCGGACGACCAGGAUCAAAAUCACGGAGCUGAACCCGCAUCUGAUGUGUGUUCUCUGCGGAGGAUACUUCAUAGACGCUACGACCAUCAUCGAGUGUCUGCAUUCUUUCUGUAAAACUUGCAUUGUACAUUAUCUGGAGACCAGCAAGUAUUGCCCUAUCUGUGAUGUCCAGGUGCACAAGACCAGACCCCUGCUGAAUAUCAGGGCAGACAAAACCCUUCAAGACAUUGUGUACAAGUUGGUGCCAGGUCUUUUCAAAAAUGAAAUGAAACGUCGCAGAGAUUUUUAUGCAGAUCAUCCUACUGCAGCUGCGGCAAAUGGCUCCAAUGAGGACCGGGGGGAGGUGGCGGAUGAAGACAAAAGGAUCAUCACAGACGAUGAGAUUAUCAGUUUAUCCAUCGAGUUCUUUGACCAGACCCGGGGGGAUCGUAAAGGGAACAAAGACAAGGAAAAAUCCAAGGAGGAGUCCAAUGACAAGCGAUACCUGCGCUGCCCUGCUGCAAUGACUGUCAUGCAUCUGCGGAAGUUUCUGAGAAGUAAAAUGGAUAUUCCUAAUACCUUCCAGAUCGAUGUGAUGUAUGAAGAGGAGCCCCUGAAAGACUAUUACACGUUAAUGGACAUCGCAUACAUCUACACGUGGAGGAGGAACGGACCUCUUCCAUUGAAGUACCGUGUGAGACCCAACUGUAAGAGGCUGAAGCUUGGCCACCCUGCCGACAGAUUGAACAACAUCAGCGGGGACCUGGAAAGUGACUCUGGCAGCGACAAAGCGGGGAGCCCCGCAGGGGGGGUGCCUUCCACUUCCGCCUGCAUGCCAAAACCCAACACCCCGAUCCAGUCGCCCCACCCCCAGUUCCCCCACAUCUCCACCACCAUCAAUGGGACCAGCUCCACUCCCAGCUCCAACCACCAGAACCCCUUCAUCAACAGAGCCAGGAAAAUAUCCCUCAACGGUUCCUCUGCCACUUCAUCCGGGUGAAGGGGCCCUUCUGGGGGCCACACCAGUAGAGACCAGCAACACACAACCUAACUAGGAACUUCAUACCAUUACAAGCUUUAUAGAUGCGACUUUAUUCUGCCCCAAUCGCUUACUUUUAUUUCUAGUGGGUCCUCCAUGGAAGCGAGUCAAGGUGGAGUUUUUUAUCUGGAUAUUUGGGUUCCAUAAAACAAGAAAAUACUUUUUAUGUGUUUUUACUCACAUUCGGUGGAAAUACGAAAGCUGAAAUUGGGGACAAGCUGGACCUACAGUGUGGAUUUUAUUGUGGACCUGGAAAGUCACUUUGGAGGAGGAGCUGACCUCUGUUGUGGAUAUAAGUUGCCCCUUGAAGAAGGUUGGGGUUAUCUCUGGUAGCUCACCUUGGACUCUAUGGAUGGAAGCUUCUUUCUUGGGAAAUUACAAUAACUUGGAUGUAUUAUAAAGACAUGGCACACAGCAAGUAUGUUUGCUUUGGAGUCAGGACGACCUUGGAUGUUUCUUUUUCUCCAAGCUAACUUCACCACAAUCUUUUGUUGUUGUUUUUUUUUUGUUAUUUUAAAGUCAUUUUGUGGACCUAUAGAGCCUUUUUUAUUUUGUCAUCUUCUCAAAUCUAAGUGCUUUAUCAUCCAACGGAAAGGAAAUACAUAGACUGUCCUAUGUAGCCAUUUCACUGUGAAUAGUGAUUUAUUAUUGUGUUAGCCUUCUCUUUUUUUCUGCAUUGUUGAAAGACCCCUUUGCUGCCAGAAGGAGGGAGGGGGGGGGGGGGGUCAGCUACUCUUUAUGUCCCACCCAUCUGGCGUCAAAGGGGACAUGUGCUGCUGCACAGAAUCGAUCAAAGUUAGAUAAACUUUCUUUUUUUUUUUUUUUUUUUUUUACAAUCUUUGUCUUAAAAAAAAAACAAAAAAAACACAACGAAAAAAAAAAAAAAGGAAAAGAAAAAAGCGGGUCCUGCCGUUUAUUUUACUGACUUGUUUAAGUGAUUCGCUUUUGUAAGAAUCAGUUGGCAUUAUGCUGGUUGUAAAAUGCCAUAUUGGUAUAUUGACAUAACAGGAAGACAGUAUUGUAUGAUAUAUUUAUAAAUACUAUAAUGAAGAUUUUUGUGUUUUCAUGCACACAUAAAGAAAAACGAUUGUUAAACUUUCAAAAGUCUAUUCAGUUGUCCAGCUGCAACUAGCACAUGUUUUAACAUCUCCAGAAGGUUUUUUUGUUUUUAUUGUUAUUUUAUUUUAUUUUUUUUGGUCAAGUUGUUACCCAUUUAACCCUCUACCUACCGUUGUGAUACUAUGUGAUAAUGGUACUGCGUUUGAGUGUGAAAAGGGAAUAUCACGGGCCAAUCAGAACGCAGCUCUGGUUACUGGACUGUCUUGGCUACAUAGAAAUAAAACCCAAAUGUUCAGGCAGUUGAUAAUGUAUCUUCUAAAUUAUGCAAUGACUAGAUGAGAGCAGGCAGACAUGCCAAGAUUCAUCUAAGUAGCCCGCACUUUUUUUUUUUGUUAUAUAAUUUUAUCUGUUUGCCCCUUUCUUACCCCCCUCCCCCCCCUUUACACACGUUUAUUCUUUAAAGAAUAAUUAUUGUUUGUAUUGAAAGAAAAAAAAAACGUGGCUAAUCAUUUCAUUGUCUCCAGUCUGCAAAGGAAGCACAAAUCUAUGGCUUUGUCUUGCUUAUAGUCAUUAAAUCAUUACUUUUGCAUUUA